CGUGGCUGCUAGGAAGCGCUUCCCGGUUGCAGUGCCAAGCUCCUCCGGGCUGCUCCAUUCACUGGAAGUACCUGUGUGUCUUUAACAAUCACGACAUACCUGAGUUAGCAAAACAAAGAGCGUAACGGUUUGCCGUAGUAUUUGCUCUUAAAGAGGAAGCCGGUUGAACUCGCAACCGUUAACUGCCGCCUGCCAUGGAGACGUCUGGCAACUCGCACAAGAAACAGAAGCUAGGUAACGCUACCGAGAACUGGGGAAUGCAACGCGCAACUAAUGUCACCUAUCAAGCUCAUCAUGUCAGCCGAAACAAGCGUGGGCAGGUUGUGGGCACAAGAGGAGGGUUCAGAGGAUGCACCGUUUGGCUGAGUGGUUUGUCCGGUGCAGGGAAGACCACAGUGAGCAUGGCUCUGGAGGAGUACCUGGUGUGUCACGGCAUCCCCUGCUACACACUGGAUGGGGACAACAUCCGUCAGGGGCUUAACAAAAACCUCGGCUUCAGCCCAGAGGACCGUGAAGAGAACAUUAGACGCAUUGCUGAGGUGGCCCGGCUUUUUGCUGAUGCUGGUCUGGUCUGCAUCGCCAGCUUCAUCUCUCCCUACAGCAGGGAUCGCCUUAAUGCCAGGAAGAUCCACGAGGCUGCGGGGCUGCCUUUCUUUGAGGUGUUUGUGGACGCUCCACUGGAUGUCUGUGAGCAGAGGGACGUCAAGGGGCUGUACAAGAGAGCCAGAGCGGGAGAGAUAAGAGGUUUCACUGGCAUUGACUCAGAGUACGAGAAGCCAGAGGCCCCAGAGCUGGUGCUGAAGACCGACUCCUGCAGUGUGAAUGAGUGCAUACAACAGCUUGUGGACCUGCUGCAGGAGAGGGAUAUAGUCCCUGUUGAUGCAUCCUAUGAAGUGAAAGAACUGUACGUUCAGGAGAACAAACUGGACCUGGCUAAGGCUGAUGCAGAGACUCUGCCUGCUGUACAGAUUGGGAAGGUGGACAUGCAGUGGGUGCAGGUGCUGGCUGAAGGCUGGGCCACUCCUCUGAAUGGCUUUAUGAGAGAGAGAGAGUAUUUGCAGUGUCUUCAUUUUGACUGUCUGCUGGAUGGUGGCGUCAUCAACCUGUCAGUGCCUGUGGUGCUGCCAGUGUCUACUGCAGAUAAAGAGCGUUUAGAUGGCGUGACAGCUAUGGCCUUGGUCUAUGAAGGCAGACGAGUAGCCAUUCUUCGCAACCCCGAGUUUUAUGAACACCGUAAAGAAGAGCGAUGUGCUCGCCAGUGGGGCACCACCUGCAAGGACCACCCCUACAUCAAGAUGGUGAUGGAAAGUGGGGACUGGCUGGUCGGGGGAGACCUGCAGGUUCUGGACAAGAUCUACUGGAAUGACGAACUGGAUCAGUAUCGACUGACACCCACUGAGCUCAAACAGAAGUUUAAAGAAAUGAAUGCAGAUGCUGUGUUUGCCUUCCAGCUCCGCAACCCAGUCCACAACGGCCAUGCUCUUCUGAUGCAGGACACCCACAAGCGUCUCAUCGAGCGAGGCUACCGCCGGCCUGUCCUGCUGCUCCACCCACUGGGAGGUUGGACCAAAGACGACGAUGUGCCGCUGCCUUGGCGGAUGAAGCAGCACGCAGCUGUGCUGGAGGAGGGCAUCCUGAAUCCAGACUCCACCAUUGUUGCCAUCUUUCCUUCACCCAUGAUGUAUGCUGGGCCAACUGAGGUUCAGUGGCAUUGCAGAGCUCGAAUGGUGGCUGGAGCCAACUUCUACAUCGUGGGCCGUGACCCUGCCGGCAUGCCCCACCCUGCCACAGGGAAGGACCUGUACGAGCCCACUCAUGGCGCCAAAGUCCUCACCAUGGCUCCAGGCCUCAUCACCUUGGAGAUCGUACCCUUUAAGGUCGCUGCUUACAACAAGGUCAAAAGAGCAAUGGACUUUUAUGACCCCAAAAACCAUCAAGAUUACGAUUUCAUCUCAGGCACACGUAUGCGCAAGAUGGCUCGCGAGGGAGAGAAUCCUCCUGAUGGGUUCAUGGCGCCAAAGGCUUGGGCCGUGCUGAAGGAAUACUAUAAAUCACUGGAGAAGGUUUAAAGGUCGAGUCUUGGAUCCAACAAUAAUGGAAACACAGUGAUGUUUAAGAGGAUUAAUGUGGGGACCACUCAUCUACUGUCAAAAAAAACGCACUCUGGCUUCUGUCUGUGUCACUUUUACACACAAUCAUAGGCCAUUAAAAGUGGGCUCAGUUGUUUUUAGUCUUAUAACAUUAGUGUUCUAACUGUAUGUUCUUUAUUUAACUCAACUCACUCUGAUUGUGAAAUAUAGUAGGAGAGGUCAGUAUACUGUUGGAUUGGUACUUCAAGUGAACGAACAAAAGCACUCUUACGUAGAUGUUUGUAUUUCUCACUAACUUUAUAACUGUAUAUUCUGACGGUGACUGCUUACAAAAGGAUUACGUACACUUUGAAAGAUUAUGACUUGUAUGGAAAGUACUGUUGACCAGUACUUGGACAGGCGGGAAUGAAUGUUCAGUAUUCGUGAUGUUCAAAUUCAAAAAGUUACUGCACCUGCUAGAGUUCUCUUAACUCACUACUGAAAUCAGAACAUGUUACUUUUUACUAUAUGUUUGCAAGUGGCAGUGGCAAUUGCUCACAUGAUGUCUUGUUUGAAUUAGGACACACACACACACACACACACACACACACACACACACACACACACACACACACACCUGCUUCUUGUCUCACUUGUCUAUAUGUUACACUGAUACGGUCCAGUAGUUGGAGAAACGGUCCGCAAAACAGAUCAGCAUUAAAGAUGUUUUUAUUGGGAUAUGCAACCCUAACCUUCCUGAACGUCUAGGAAACAUUUUUAACAUUUUUAUUUGUCAUGUUUAGUCUAUUUAUUCUGUCCUAACAUUACGUUUACUCUUUUUAAUCGUUGUGUCGUGCAUGUAGUUUUCGGUGCUUUAAACUUGUCUCUCGGCAGGCUUGAUAUUUUCUUAUGUUUUUAUCAUUUGUAUUUUUUUUUUCUCCUCUCUAGGGUUGCUAAUAUUUUCCAUGUGGUAAUUCAUUUUUAAGAGUUGGCCUGUAUAAUCAGAUGGAUGAUGGUUACCAUCAAGGGAUCAGAUUUGUAAUCUUCCUUGUCCAAUAAAGCAUUUUUAGCAACAAAAAAAAAGAGAA